AUGCCGCUCUCGAAAAAAGACUCGCAUCUGACAAACCUCCCUCGCACUCAUAAUCUCACCUCCGGCUCCGAACUCCCGACCCAGUUCUCCUCAACCCUCAGCUCCCUCAUCUCCAAUUCAAACUCCACCCAACAACCUCCUCGCAAAAAGGCGCGAACUGGCAAAGAUGACAUUUUCACCACCCACAAUGCCAACGCGUCGAAACGAGCGAAACGCGACCUCGAUCCCAACAUUUCUGGACCAUUCGCCCAGAAACACAGCACAGAUGGCGGAGCACUCGGGAAGGACGUUCUGGAGCGAAGCCGAAGAAAGAUGGAGCAGAAAGCACGAUUAUACAAAGCGAUGAAGAGGGGAGAAGUCGAGGAUUUGGAUGAGAAGUAUGAAGUGGACUUUGAGGGCGAGAGACGACGUGAUAGCGAUACUUCCGAGGAUGAAGGCGAAGCGCAGGAGGAAGUGGAAUACAUUGACGAAUUCGGACGUACGAGGAAAGGAACGAGAUUAGAUGCCAUGAGAGCCAAGCAGUCUGGCACAAAGAAGGACGACGAUCGAUUCACAGCAAGACCAGUUGCGCCGGCGAGUGGAAUUGUGUAUGGAGAUACGAUCCAGCAUGAAGCGUUYGAUCCGGAUGCCGGACGGGUUGCACAGAUGGAGGCGCUAGCGAAGAAGAGGGAUCGAAGUCUCACCCCGCCACCGGAAGAGUACUAUGAUGCGGGCAAGGAGGUGAGGACUCGUGGGACGGGGUUCAUGCAGUUUAGUGGAGAGAAGGAUGAGAGGGAGGAGCAGAUGAGAGGUUUGGAGAGCCUCAGGAAGGAGACGGAGGCUGUGAGGGGGGAAGGUGGGAAAGGCCAAAAUGCGGCAGUCGAGGCUAGGAAGAAGAUCAUAGAGGAGCGGAGGAGAGUGGUCGAGGAGAAGAGAGCGAAGAGGAAGGCGGAAGACUUUCUGGGAGAGCUUAGUGGUGGUGCUGGUAUCGGUGGGAACGGCGUGAAGACAAGGAAUCCAGAGGAUAUGACUGACCGGAUCGAGGACGCGAUACGACGGGAGACCGACGCUGGAGGUGAUGGUGAUUGA